GAUCUUACUCUUCAACAGAAAUAUCCAAACAUGUCGGCAGAGCUAUUGCGUAACCGUAAAGGUAUUAAACUUAAGCCAGGUGCUCCUUGUGAUAACUAUCGGGGCUAUUGCGAUGUCUUUUUACGAUGUCGCUCUGUUGAAGCUGAAGGUCCUCUGGCUCGUUUGCGCAAUCUAUUAUUCAGCCCUUUAAUGCUUAAUAAAGUAAAAACAUGGAUUACGCUUCAUUGGUGGGCUGUAAUCAUCAUUUGCUUAUGCACUGUAAUCGCAAUGAUUGUUUUUGUCAAGAUCUGCGCCUUCCAUACUCCACCUUCUCAUCUUCCCCGGCCUCCGUUGCCGACGGCUGCUGCCGUGGCUGCCAGCCUAGGUUUGAGCCCCACCAUACCUAUUUCGCUUGCUUCACCUCUUCCUCAACACAUCGCUUUACUGACCGACUCUCGGCGACUUCGUAACCAGGAGCAACAACAUCAGAGGGGUAGGCUUCGUGGCCUUCCAUAUCUGCACCGGCGUAACCUUACUCGGCAUCAAAUGAACAGCAAUCGUGACCACCAUAAAGAAGGACGAGUUUACUCUGGGUUAAGGGGCCAUCUGCCGUCGGGCUUUGUAGAGCAGCAUCAACCAGUUGCUGAUACAAAACGACCAGGAGCUCGAAAGUCUAGUACACUUUCCCAGAUUGAAUCUUGUGGUUUACCCUCGGUUGAUCAGUCUGCUACGAGCAAUCAUCAACAGCAGGCGUCAUCUUCAGGACUUGUCUGCUUAGACUCGAUUUCCUCCUGUUCGGCUUCACCCACAGAAUGUCUGGCCUCCCUAGAAGAACCUAUCACUCCUCGACAAUCAAAUAACAACUCACAGUCUCUUUCUAAAGUCACUCCUUUUCACGUUCGUGUUGCUCCUGAUCGCUCAGGUCGCAGUGUUUUUCAUCGCCUUCGAUCUAAUCAAUACGGCAUACGGCGACUUAGCACUUCUCAACAAACCUUUCCAUCUUUGAGUAUUUUACCUUCACAGGACCAUAAUCGAAGCCGAACUCGUAAUCGAAAGCGAAGAAUGCAUCCAGCUGAUCAUUCCAAGAGGUCGGCAAGUACACCCGGCGUUAAGAUCGGUAUAUGCUCUUCUAAUGUUGCCAUCGCGGCGAACAAGCUUCCCCCAGUAUCUACGGCUAGUCAUCUUGAUGGUCCACCUUGGCACGCGCGUCCCGUGGUGUUAACGCGCGGUGCACUCUUGCUCGCUUCUGGCCGUGGGCCCCAAAGAGACAAGGCUCUCGAGGCUGAGGAUGUGGACGGCUACUCUGGACACGCUCCAGAAGGUGCUUGUAGCUUAAGGGUUCAUGAAACUAGCAAAUGUGUUGACAGACUCUCCCUCGGACAAAUUGGCGGCCGCUUGCCUCGCUCCCGAAAGAGUGGCAAAGAAGCUGGACAUUUAAUGAUAGUUCAGAUGUCAUCAGCUCUUCCUAAGUCUGGUGGACCAGAGAAUUGUCUGGCCGAUCCGCUUAAUCGACAACGAAUCAGACCUCGACAGGCUAGAAUUCCUCGACAGACACAACUUCCUAUCUUAUCGGCAGAUGAAGUUGCUAUCCGUGAAGAUAGCGACGAAGGCGUUGGAGACGGAGUUUUAACUUCAGAGUCUAAAGCGGAGAACAACUUACGUUGGACGUCUAAAUUUUCUGGGCUCAAGAUCGACUUUGGAAAACGCUCAUCAAAUAAAGUCGGCCAUUCACUUUCAUCUGGUAUCAGCCGUGCCGCCUGUGCACUUGCCGAGCAUCAGGCAUUGAUCCUUGCUAAGCAAAAACAGCAACAACAACAAAAAUAUAUCUCGAAAAAAACCGUCUCGUCUCAAAAUGCGUCUAUUGUAUCUACAAUCAGCCGAGAACCUCGUAAAACACCAUCUCAUGUACGGCCGGUCAGUUUUUACAUUCCAUCUUCGGCCGCCUUUAUGUUGACUUCUGCAGAGGGUCAGUCUCUUGCUCCAAAUAACUCUGAUACUUCGCUUAAUCAUGACUCUCUCCUUCGAAAAUCUCUGCCUACUCCACAAGCUGGCUCUGCGACAGUUAACGAUGCUGUAGCUAUAAUAACUGAUGGAUCCGAAUUUCCCAGGCCUCCCCCACCUGUCCAUCCAGGUUGCCCGACUAGAGCACCACGAUCUACUUGUGGAAGAAAUGAUUUAGUACACAGACAAUGUUGA